CAUAUAUAUUCUUUAAAUAUGUUAUAUAUAUAUCAAGUGGAGCACGAUUAAGUUCUACUAAUAGUAGCUAAUUAACACUCUAACAAAACAAAAAAAAAGACCCAAGUGUUAUCUUAUUUUGCUAUGGACAUGAUGGAUUUUGGAAACCCUAAUCCUAACCCUUCCUAUCAAAGUUUUUCUGCUCCUCUUCCCUCUUCUGAUUUCAUUUUAUCUGAUUAUCUGGUGCUUGAUGAUGUUGUUGAUCAUCAUCAAGAGUCUUGGUCACAAAGUACAGAAACUGAAUCAUCAGAAAAAGCAGCUUCCAUUGAUGUCAUUCAAGGUUUUAGUGAUGAAACCUCUAUGAACAACAGUAACAUGAUAUUAAAAAGGUGCAAAAGAGAGAUAAAGGAAAAUAAUAGUAAUAAAGUAGAAGAAGUGAAGGAAAGGGUAACGUUUAGAACAAGAUCACAGGUUGAGAUUAUGGAUGAUGGAUAUAAGUGGAGGAAGUACGGAAAGAAAUCAGUCAAGAAUAGUCCUUAUCAAAGGAACUACUACAAGUGUUCAAGUGAAGGAUGCAGUGUGAAGAAAAGGGUGGAAAGGGAUAGCAAAGAUUCAAGCUAUGUGUUAACAUCUUAUGAUGGUGUUCACAAUCAUGAGAGUCCUUCCACUUCUUACUACACUACCCCUCCAGUCUCAACCUUGCUCUAUUCCAAUGAAUGGAUACUAAACCAUGCUUCUACAAACUCAUCUUCUUACUAAUUUAUUAUAUAUGCUUUCAUUCUCUCAUGUUACUCUGUCUUAAAUAUAAAUAUAAAUAAAUUAAAAAAAUUGAUAUAUUUAUUUCAAAUUUUAAAUCACGUACAUCAAUUUUUUUUGAGUUAUUGUACGGAGAAAGUAUAUAUGUAUAUACAUGGCUACUCCUCUUAAUAAAAGGAAGGCUGGGAAUUAAUUAAGGUCUUUUUAUCUAA